UGAAUUUAUGUUUUUAUUUUAAAUUUAGAUUAUUCCGUCUGCUAGCAAGAUUUUAACGUAGCCUCACUUCAUUUCUCUCUCCGCCCACCCUCGCGUCUCUGACUAAAACCACCCCCGUCAGGAGCAUCAACUGCAAAUUGCAUAUACAGUAUUUACACUUGAUUUGUCUUGGAAUUUGUCAAUUCCUUUCGUUUUAACUUUUGUUCGCGUGAGCCUCCUGGGUGUACAGAUAGCGAGGCUGGCGUGUCACACAUGGCACUCUUCCGUUUUGUUUCUACAGGGUCUCAUUUGCUGUUCUUGUGGCAGCAGGACAAUUUAAAAAAUAAUUACAAUUGGAGGCAUUAAAUGGGGGCAAAGAAGGAUCCAUUUUCAAAGGAGCGUUUUAAUAAUAACCUACUGUCAGGUCAUACAGUUUGAACAUAUAGUUUGAGAUUUUUUUUUUAAAUUAUAAACACUGCCUUUUUAAUGUUUAUAAUUUCAUAUGGCAUACACAAUACAAGUUCCAUACAGUCAAGACAGUCAUUCAUUUAUUUUCCGUAUCGCUUAUCCUCAUGAGUGUCCCAACAAUCUUCAGGCAAGAGGCGGGGUUCACCCCGAACUGGUCGCCAGCCUAUCGCGGGGCACUUAUAAACAAACAAUCACUCAUAUUCACAUUCACGCCUACGCUAUCCCAGCCUGUGUGACUUUUCUCCGGCCACUCCGGUUUUCUCCCACAUCCCAAAAACAUGCAUGGUAGGUUAAAUAAAGACUUUAAAUAAGACUUAAAUUUCACAUAGAUGUGAAUGGUUGUUUUUUUCUAUGUGCCCUGCGAUUGGCUGGCAGCCAGUUCAGGGUGUGCCCCACCUCCUGCUUCAAAUACAGUUGGGAUAGGUUCCAAGACUCCCCUAACCCUUGUAAGGAUAAGCAGCUCAGAAAAUGGAUUAUUAUUUUAUUGAACAGUCUGCAUUUAAAAUAUUGGAUCUUUUGACAAAUAUAUGUUUUGGUAGGACUAAAUUAAAUAUUUAUUUCACCGCACUGAAUAAUUUAAUGGGUAACCGUUUAAAUGCAUUAGAAAUUGCACUGCUUGAUACCUAAAUCACUGAAAAUAGUUCCGUUCGGGCAAAUAUUACCUGUGUGAAGAGUGCUACAUUUUUUGUGAACAUUCUAAAUGGCAAAUCCGACAUCCGCCGCUCUUUUAUGAUCAUAAAUCUGGGAAUGUGGCGCUGCCUCGCGAGCUAUGAACCUCGCAUGCGUCACACGCAGAUAGAGUAGAUACUAGAUACGGAUCUUUUUUUUUUUUUUUUUGUCUCAUGGAAAGAUGAACAAAUACUUUAAUCACAGAGUGACAUGGACGGCUGGACCUAGUGUGGCCGUAGUUGCACGUUUUAUGAUUUUUUUUUUUAAUGCACACAUUCACAUUUUUAUAAGCAACAUAAAGGAAAUGUUUGUCCGAUACACAGUGCAAAAAGUAACAGUAAUUGCAUACUUAAAAGUGUAGUGAAUACAAUUCAUAGGACUCGUAGAUGGGCGUACGUAGGCAUAAGCACCACGAAGCAGCUCCUGUAUUUACUGUAUGCCGAUUGGCCCAAAAUCCGUCGGAAGAUCUUCCCGGAACUUGUACAGAACGACGGCUUGAAAGAGGCAGCGAGCAUCAUUGAGUGAUAUUUAACGCUGAAUCUGGCAGUUGGUGACGAUCUAAUAUGGAUAACAGGGCGACUGAGUUGUGCGGGCGCGCUCGUGUGCCUGGAACGCGCUGAGACCGAGACCGAACCCAAACAUUGCGUAGUUAAGAAGAAGAAGAAUGGGUGCUGGAGGCCAGCAAACAGAGACAGUCGGCUGCGGCGUUUACACCUGGGAAGAGGUGCAGAGGCACAACAGCAGGCAUGACCUGUGGGUUGUGGUUGAUCGGAAGGUGUACGACGUCACGCAGUGGGCCAAGAGGCACCCUGGAGGCUUCCGGGUCAUCCUUCAUUACGCUGGAGAGGAUGCUACGGAAGCGUUCACUGCUUUUCACCCCGACAAGAAGUUUGUGAAACGCUUUCUGAAGCCUCUGAAGGUUGGAGAGCUGGCGGUGGCGGAACCCAGCCAGGACAGACAAAAGAACGCUGCAGUCAUUCAGGACUUCCAGGCUUUAUAUGAUCUUGCAGAAAAACAGGGUCUGUUUCAGGCCCACGCCCUCUUCUUCUUGGCCCACCUGGCUCACAUCCUGCUGCUGGAGGUCCUAGCCUGGUUGCUCGUGUGGCUCUGGGGGACCAGCUGGACCCUGACGCUGCUUUGCUCCGUCCUGAUGGCGACUGCACAGACCCAGGCCGGAUGGCUGCAGCAUGAUUUUGGGCACCUGUCAGUCUUCAAGAAAUCCUCGUGGAAUCAUCUUGCGCACAAGUUUCUCAUUGGGCACUUGAAGGGAGCUUCUGCGAACUGGUGGAAUCAUCGGCACUUCCAACAUCACGCGAAACCCAAUGUCUUCAGCAAAGACCCCGAUGUCAACAUGCUUCGCAUCUUUGUUGUUGGGUCGACUCAGCCUGUAGAGUAUGGCACCAAAAAGAUCAAACAUAUGCCAUACAACUAUCAGCAUCAAUACUUCUUCCUGGUUGGACCUCCACUCCUCAUUCCAGUUUAUUUCCACCUUCAAAUCAUGCACGUGAUGAUCUCCCGACGAGACUGGGUGGAUAUGGCCUGGUCCUUGUCUUACUACAUUCGCUACUUUAGUUGUUAUGUUCCACUUUAUGGUGUCCUGGGCUCAAUAGCGCUCAUCAUCUUAGUCAGGUUUCUGGAGAGCCACUGGUUUGUGUGGGUAACUCAGAUGAAUCAUCUCCCGAUGGAGAUCGACCACGAGAAGCAUGAAGACUGGCUCACCAUGCAGUUACACGCCACGUGCAAUAUCGAGAAGUCCCCCUUCAACGACUGGUUCAGUGGGCACCUCAACUUUCAGAUUGAGCACCAUCUUUUCCCGACAAUGCCGCGUCACAACUAUCAUCAGGUGGCGCCACUGGUGCGCAAGCUAUGUGACAAACAUAACAUUCCUUACCAUGUGAAGACGCUGAGGAGAGGCAUGACUGAUGUCAUCAGGUCACUGAAGUCCUCAGGGAAUCUGUGGCUUGAUGCAUAUCUUCAUAAGUGAGCAUUUUCUCACAUCUGCUUUUCUAUAGCUGUGAUUGAUUGCAUUUGUUUUGAUUCUAGAAUAUAAAACCGAGUUUUGUGUCACACUGUAA